CCUUCCCAAAGACGACAAAACAACACCAGCGCACCGAGGAAAUGGACGGUUGACGGACGCUUAACGGACAUUUAACGGAUUCUACCGACUGUGGAGCUCUUUGUCAUCUUGUCGUCUAACAUUAAGAGGAGAUGUCUGCUCCGUUCGGACGGUCGACCCGCUGUUUGUCGGCUCGCUCUCCGGUUGGUUUACUUUCACAGCUACGGAGGAAUCACCCGGUGCGAUGUCCGUUGGGAGAGAGGCGGCUGUCGCAAGCGCGGCCAGGAGGCCAGCGUGGACCACUAGAGGGCCUCACAGUGUUGGACUUGACGAGAGUUCUGGCGGGGCCCUUUGCCACCAUGAUCCUGGGGGACCUGGGAGCCCAGGUUAUCAAGGUAGAGCGACCAGGCGCCGGCGAUGACACCAGGACCUGGGGGCCCCCGUUCGUCGGAGCAGAGAGCGCCUAUUUCCUCAGCGUCAACCGGAACAAGAAAAGUAUUUCUGUGGACCUGAAGCAUCCCAGAGGAGUCGGCGUCAUUCAGGAGCUUGCAGCAGUGUGCGACGUGUUGGUGGAGAACUUCCUCCCGGGGAAGCUGCCCCGGUUGGGUCUGGGAUACGAGCAGCUGUGCGCGGUGAACCCGGGGCUGGUCUACUGCUCCAUCUCAGGAUAUGGACAGACUGGUCCUCGGGCUCAGAGUCCGGGUUAUGACUCCAUCGCCUCCGCCGUGUCGGGGAUGAUGCACAUCACGGGGUCAGAGGACGGUGAGCCGGUGCGUCCCGGCGUUGCCAUGACGGACCUGGCGACGGGGCUGUACGCACACGGAGCAGUCAUGGCCGCCCUGCUGCAGAGACACAAGACAGGGAGGGGGGUCCACAUCGACUGCAACCUGCUGUCCUCACAGGUGUCCUGUCUCACCCAUAUUGCUGCUAACUACCUGAAUGGGGGUCAGGAGGCUCGGCGCUGGGGGACGGCCCAUGAGAGCAUCGUCCCGUAUCAGGGCUUCAGCACCAAAGACGGACACCUCGUCGUGGCUGCAGCCACCGACCAGCAGUUUGUCCGUGUGUGUAAUGUUCUGAAGCUGAACGAGCUCACAAACAAACCCGAGUACAAAAGCAACAAACUGCGAGUCCAGAACCGCCGAGAGCUGCUGCACACACUGUCCCAGAGGUUCCUGCAGGAGAAGACUGCUGAUUGGCUGAGGGAGUUUGAGGGAUCAGGUGUUCCUGUCGGACCAAUCAACAACAUCCAGGAAGUGUUUUCUGAUCCGCAGGUGGUGGAACAGGAAGUCGUGACGUCACUGCUUUACUCUUCAAAGUCAGCGGUGCUCAUUGAAGAGCAUUAUUCAUCCCUCAGGAGCGCUGGCAUCCAGGCUGCAGCUUUACGUAACACAUCAAGUGCUGCUACCAGGCGGCUCCUCACUUCACACGUUCAGAGGAGCUUUGAUGGCCGAGGUCAAACAGAGAGCAGCAGGUUCAGAUCUUCACGUCCUCCUUCUCCCCUUGAUGUUCCAGUAACACCUUGUAGCAGCAGCUCCCACGGGGGCUGCUUAGCCGCCCUAACGGACGCCACAGCUGGCUUCAAAGAGAGCGAGGAGGAAGGGGAGGAGCAGAGGGAAACAUCAGGGGCGAAGAGGUCAUUGUCUAUAACUCCCACUCUUGUGUUGACAAACAAGUAACUGUGGAACUAGAACCCCGUACAGUACAGCAGUCACACUCUACGAUACCAACCAGAACCGUAGGGUUGUUCAGCGUUCGUCCUGAGAGAAAGUUUGGGCUCCUGGUAGAACCUUGUGCAGGAGAUCCACUGUAUUCUACCCAGAACCAAAUACAAAGGGUUUUUAGCGAGAACCAUCUGUGAGGGCUCCCACCCGGCCGGUUCCACAGCAAACCCCUUCAAGAGGGUGCUACCAAGAACCCAUCUUAUAUUCCUCCUGAACCCCUAAAGAUUAGACCGUGACUCUGAACAGCUCCAGGCAGCUCGUGACGUUUCCAGUGAUUGACAGGAGGCGGAGUUAGUAAUCCCGUCUAUGCAUGUCUCAAACACUGUUUACUUGAGGAAAUGAUGGAGGUUUGGUUCAAAAUACACACCAGGUGAAUCCACGAUGACCUCUGGUUCCUCAUCGUUCUGCCGGAGGACGGAACACCUCAGUGUCUCAGGAGGAUGUUCCUCUGCUGAAGCCUCAACGUUUCUCCACUGCGUUGAGUCUGAACGUUUACUUUCAUUUUCUAUCCCCUGAAUUAUGGAGAAAUGUUUCAAUAAACAACAUCAAACACAGACAUAAACACAGGCAGGUUAAACCGUGCAGCCGCUGAUCAAUAAACAUUGAGAUUAGAGCUAAACACACCGCGGUGUAAUUAUGUUCCAUCAUUCAGGGGAGAAGGAACCCUGAGCUGUGGAAACACGGAGGCUUCAGUAAACAGACCCAAAGAAAAAUAAAGACGUGUCUGAUGAAGUACACAGACUUUGAGCUAAACGCUAACAUGCUAACGUGCUAAUGUUUGAGCUACUUUGCUACUGCAUGUGUAAUGAAGUUAUUCCGUUCUAUUUCAUCACCGUUCCACAGAGAUACAGACGAUAGCAUCCACAGAGCUAAGUGGCUAACUGAGUGUGUGUGUUGUGACCAUGUGGAUGUAAUGAUACUCUGCAUAACAAGCAGAUAGGAUUUCACACACACACAUGCAUGCAAUCAUACUGUUACACUUGUAUGCACGCAUGCACAGACGCUGGCACGCACAUCUAACACUGUUUAUGCCAAUGAGCGAGGGAGGAGCCGUCCCGUGGAAACUUUUCUGUUGUCUAAAUGAAGAUCGCAUUUAUAAAACUACCAAUACAACGGUACAAUUUUUGAAAGGAGUGUGUUUGUCUGUGUGUGUCCAUGUCCCGUCCAGAAGUGAGCGAGACAGGAAGUACAGUUGGUCUUAACGAGCGUCCGUUUGUCUUUCUGACUUUGUGUGUUGUGUGUGUAACUGUGUGUGUGUUGUGAGCAAGAAAACAAUCCAAACUAAAUGAUUAAAGUCAUUAUUAAACUAACCCCAGUCAGCUGAUGCUGAGGUUUCCAUGGCAACAACCUCCAGGUGUUUUAUGUGGAGAAAGGGGGUCCAGAAAUAAGUCUUGUGUAUGUUUAAUAUUUCAAGGAUGUCAUACAGCCACUGUGCACACACACACAACCUACACACACCCGUCCGUGUCGGCUUCCUGCACCGUGCGUCAUGUCUGAUGUUUAAAUUAAAGCCAUCGAUCAGCGCUUGGCUCUUAUUAAAGUCCCCCUGCAGAUAAA